GCUGCCCGAGCUCCACGCUGCCACUGAGGCUCCGAGCGGCUCCGGACGCGCCCCCGGCAUCUCCCGCGCGUGGGGAGCGAGCCUGAGAGGGAAAAGUUUGGCGGUGAAUUCAAGCGAGAGGCAUCGACUCACGGCAGCUUCGGCCGGGAUUGAAACAGCUCUGAUGGCUCUGUCAAAUCUCUCCCUGUGGAUUCGGGAUGCCUGGGCUGUGGCCACCUCUAACCUGGACCUCGAGAGCAAGAAAGCCGCCCCCGCCAAGCUGCCAUGGCAGCAGCCCGUGAACGUGUUCCUGGCAGCUGGGCGCCCACCGGGCAUGGAGCAGCUGCACCAGGAGGCCCAGCUCAACCUCCAGAGCUUGCUGCAAGAGGAGUAUGAGGAGCAGUACAGCGAGAGCAGGGUCACCGGGCAGACUUUCCGUGCUGCUGGUCACCUGCCCCCCGACACCUCCCCUGAACCGUCACCCCGACCCCCACCUGCCAAGCGCCUUGAGUUCGUGCUUAUGCCCCCGAGCCAGCGAGCGGCCGAAGAGGAGAGCACCAGCAGCGCUGUGCUCGGUGCUCGGCCUCCUGACACCUCCCUGAGCCUCCCCACCAGCCCGGACAAGCAGCCCCCCUGGCCCAGGGCCUUCCCCCUGCCCCCCGUGGAGGAGAAGCAGUGGCAGCAGCCCGGCUCCAUCCAGACCAACAUUGUCCCCAUCAAUGUCUCGGAGACCGCGAUGAACCCCAAGUCCACCCUGCGGCGUAGACGGACCAUUAUUGGAUUCCCUAACCCGUCCCUGCGAGACCAAGGCAGCGCCAACGGCCCCACAUCCAGCACACACGCGCCCAUCGCCGAGUCCCUGUCCUGCAGCUUCGUGCCUGAGACCACGAGCGGGGGGACGCCCCAGGAGAUCAGCCCGCGUCCGCCCCUCUCGGCCCCGCUGAGGAAGACCUUCAGUGACCUCGGGGCCCGCUGCUGCCAGCCGCCUGCUGCCAUGGAUGGGGCAGCCAACCCCUGUGCCAGUGCCUGCAAUGGGACACAGGGCACCCCUUUCUCCCCGCCCUGGAGCCCCCUGGGUUAUGGGAGCCCCUCCAGCCUCACCACUGGCCCGGGCAAGGGGCCCACCUGCGCCUCGCCGGGCGGCUCCGUCCCAUCGCCCGGCCCAGGUUCCCCCGCCGCCUCCACCUCCUUCUUCAUCGCCACAGAAGAGCGCGUGGGCAGCAAUGGGCCCAGCUUCUUCUCUGGCCCAGUGCCCGCUUCCCCCGUCGGCUCCGGCUGCAUCCAGGGAGCCAAGGGGAAUUUCUUGCCGGGAAGCCGAGAGGAGCCGGAGCCGGCGGCAGGGCCGGUGCAGCUGGAGGUGGAGCGGGCAGGGUGCCGCUUCCGUGAGCGCUCACUGUCGGUGCCCACCGACUCGGGGUCCCUCUGCUCCGUGGACAUCGCGUACGCCGAGACCCGGCGGGGCAGCGCCAACUAUGCCCUGGGCUACCCCAGCGCCAGCUCCGAGGGCAGCACCAGCACCGACAACAUCUCCCUGGGGCUGGAGCCCGAGGGGCAGCGGCGGCGGCGCUCCAAGAGCAUCUCCCUGAAGAAGGCCAAGAAGAAGCCCUCGCCACCCACACGCAGCGUCUCGCUGAUCAAAGAGGGGCAGGACGGUGACGUGGGGCUGAGCGCGGCGCUGCCCAAGGACCAGCGGCCCAAGAGCCUGUGCAUCCCACCGGAGCUCCAGGGCCACCGGCUGGUGCACGCCGACCCCCAGGGGAGUGCGGGCAGGGAGCCCAACAGCACAGCCACCCCUCACCAGUGGCAUCUCACGGACUGGAGGGCUGGCAGCGAUCCCUACCGGUCCCUCUCUGGCUCAAGCACGACCACAGGGACCACGGCCGUUGAGUGUGCCAAGACACGGGGCAGCUCUGAGUCCCUUGUGUCCCCCUCAGUCUCCAGGGCCACGACGCCCUCCCAGCUCUCUGCCGAGGCAGACCUCAAGACCUCCUCGCCCGGCAGGCCCACAGGGCUGAUGUCCCCAUCCAGUGGGUACUCCAGUCAGUCGGAGACCCCAACCCCCACAGUACCCACCUCCACCAUCCUCGGGCAUUCCCCACACCAGGUGCGUGUGAGGCCGCUGGUCCCCGAGAGGAAAUCCUCUCUGCCCCCCACGUCCCCCAUGGAGAGGAGCCCCAAGGGCAGGCUGUCCUUCGACCUCCCACUGACUCCACCCGCCCACCUCGACCUCUCAGGGCUGAAGAUCUCCCUGAAGGGGAAGACGAAGGUCAGCCGGCACCACUCUGACUCCACCUUUGGCACCAAGCUGGCCCAGAAGACCAGUCCCAUCGCACCCAUCAUGCCCGUGGUGACACAGUCCGACCUGCGCUCCGUCCGCCUCCGCUCCAUCAGCCGCUCGGAGCCAGAGGACAACGCCGAUGGCCCGGAGCACACGGAGGAGCCAGCACGUGUCCCCUGCCCGGGGCCGGAGAGGAAAGUGAAGCCACCCGUGGCAGAGAAGCCACCACUGGCCAGGCGCCCCCCGUGCAUCCUGCCCAAGCCCCCAGUUCUGCGGGAGGAGGGUCCCUUGUCCCCCAAAUCCCCGCCAGGCACUGCUGCCAAGGAGAAGGGGCUGGCACAGGAGGCCGUUGUGGUGCUGCGGAGAGGGGAGCUGAGGAGGGGUCUGGGGGAGCCCCACUUGUCCCUGACCCCGGCGGGGCCCCGGCGGCUCUCGCAGGGCAGCCUGGACGAGCUGCGGCCAGAGCGGAGCGGUGCCGAGGGGGAGCGCAGGAAAGCCAAGGUGCCGCCGCCAGUGCCCAAAAAACCCAGCGUGCUGUACCUGCCGCUCAUGCCAGCCCCAGCACAGCUGGCAGCUGGUGUGGGGGACCUGCCACCCACCCCCAGCCCCAUCAUCACGCUGGACACCGAGCCCGCCUGCUGCGACCCUGACGCCGAGGAUCUGCCGUCCCCCAAGGCUGUGGGCAGCGCGCCUGCCAGCGAGCCUGCCUCAGAGCAAGGCAGCUCAGCAGAAGCCAGCACGGAGGAGAAGAGCUUUGCCAGUGACAAGACGGCCGAGUCCAUCGUGGAGGAGGACGAUGAGGUGUUCACAACGUCCCGCACCACAGAGGAUCUCUUCACGGUGAUCCACAGGUCGAAGAGGAAGGUCUUGGGGCGGAAAGAGCCUGGUGACACCUUCAGCAGCCGACCCACUUCCCACUCACCCGUAAAGACUUCAGGCUCCCCAGCUGGUGAGUCCCUGGCAGCAGCGGGCAGCAGUGGGAAGUCUUCCAGCAGGAAUGAGGAUUUUAAAGCCCUGCUCCAGAAGAAGAGCAGCAAAACCAGCCCCGGUACUCGGCCAUCUGCCGCCGAACUGCUCAAGACCACGAACCCGCUGGCCCGGAGGGUCAUCACAGAGUUUGCCCCUGAGCUGGACGGUGCAAACAGCCCCAAAAGCCAGCCCUGACCACACAGGGGCCCCUCCAGCUGGAGGGGUGGCGAUGGCUGCAGAGGGAGCGCUGCUGCAAAGGGCUGUCCUGGCUGCUGGGGAGCCCCCGUAUCCUGCUGGGGGGUUCUUCUGCUUUUGUUCCUUACUUGGAGAGCUGCUGGCAGAGAGGCAGUGGCUGGAGCCCAAGCCCUCAUGACUCUGGGCCCUUCCCACGAGGGAAGAGGCUGGAACUGGCCCUGGCUGAGCCAGCUCCUGGGAUUGAAGGCGCCUGCCCAGGAAGCAGAACAGGAUCACAGCCCCCGGUGUUGCCCCAUGCCCGCAGCGAAGCAGCUUGAGACUCUUUGGUCACUUCGGCAUGUGGUACUUUAAACAGCUUUUCUAAUGCA